UUUUAUUCUUCACCUGUCUGUCUCUCUUUUGUUUGUAUGUUUUCACCAUUAGUAUGUUUUUUGUGUGUUGAGUUUUGUGAGAAUUGUGAUGAGCAAUGGCAACUUUGGGGGAUAUUGCAGUGUCUGCAGCAUUUAACAUCGUUGGUGCUUUUGCAUUCUUGUUGGCUUUUGCUUUGUUGAGACUUCAGCCAAUCAAUGACAGAAUUUACUUUCCCAAAUGGUACAUUUCUGGGAAGAGGAGCAGUCCAAUGCAUGCUGGUGGGAGUUUUGUUGGGAAAUUUGUGAAUCUCAAUUUCAAGACUUACUUCACUUUCCUUAACUGGAUGCCUCAAGCUCUGAAGAUGAGUGAGGCUGAGAUUAUUGACCAUGCUGGUCUUGAUUCUGCUGUUUUCUUGAGGAUUUAUCUUCUGGGUUUAAAGAUUUUUGUCCCAAUGGCUGCUGUAGCACUCGUGGUUCUCAUUCCAGUGAAUGUAUCGGAUGGGACAUUAUAUUCCCUCAACAAAGAUUUGGUCAUUAGCAACAUUGAUAAGCUUUCAAUAUCAAAUGUUCAUUCCAAAUCGAUUAAGUUUUUUUUCCACAUAUCAAUGCAAUACCUGUUCACAUUUUGGACGUGUUACUUGCUCUACAAGGAAUAUAGCCGGGUAGCAUCAAUGAGGUUAAGAUUUUUGGCUUCACAAGGUAGAAGGGCUGAGCAAUUCACAGUUCUUGUUAGGAAUAUACCACAUGUUUCUGGUCGCUCCACAUCCGAUAGCGUCGAGAGCUUCUUCAGGAAAAACCACCCAGAACAUUAUCUGUGUCAUCAGACAAACCCAUUCAACGUUAACACAGUCCUAUGGAACUCAUUCCUCAAGAAUAUAUCAUUUGUCAGGUGUAAUGGAGCAUCAUCAUUCAACAUUUGCGCCAUGGCUACUGUCCUCUUGGAAUUGGCUUUCCUUCAGCUCAUUGCAUCUCUCCUGAUCCUGCCAAGCCCAUCUGAGGCAUUUUAUCGGGAGCCAAAGAGAGUUAAACUAACCAACAAUCACACGAACAUUUUGACAGUUAGGUGCUUUUCAUUCUACGAAAGUGAAACCACCGAACGAAGGCAUUUAAAGCCUAAAGAAUGGUUCAACUUCACAGUCCAACCUAAUAAACUCUUCCCUUCCAUGUCCAUGUACAACUGCUCCACCAAUAUGGGGGUGUUUGUAGCUUACAGUUAUGACUACGAGUGCGCCACAGAAGAUUACCCGACUUGUGACUGGAGGUUUGAUGAAAAUCGAACGUACCAUUUCAUUCAUAAGACAAAUACAUGGGUAGCCUAUGAUUACAAUCCUAAUUAUGAGUCUCUUGGAAGAGGGGGUGUUGUAAGAGGUUUCUUUACUAAUUGA